UAUAUAUAUAUAUAUAUAAAAUUUAACAUGAUUACAGACUUUUUACAAACAUGUCACUGCAAGCGAAGAAGAAAGCCCCUACCCCUCCCAAAACUGAAGCCAAAGCCAAGGCGUUAAAGGCCAAGAAGGCAGAGCUGAAAAGAGUCCACAGCCACACACACACAAAAAAAGAUCUGCACGUCACCCACCUCCAGUGGCCCAAGACACUGAGGCUCCAAAGGCAGAUCAAAUAUCUUCAGAAGAAGGCCGCCAGGAGAAACAAGCUUGAUCAUUAUGCUGUCAUGAAGUUCCUCCUGACCACUGAGUCAGCCAUGAAGAAGAUCAAAGAUAACAAUACACUUGUGUUCAUUGUGGGUGUCAAAGCCAACAAGCACCAGAUCAAACAGGCUGUGAAGAAGCUCUAUGACGUUGACAUGACCAAGGUCAACACCUUCAUCAAGCCUGAUGGAGAGAAGAAGGCAUAUGUUUGACUGGCUCCUGACGAUGAUGCUUUGGAUGUUGCCAGCAAAAUUGAGAUCAUUUAAAUUGAG